AUGGACGAGCAAUUAAUUGAAAAAGUUAGAGAACAUGAAUUUCUAUAUAAUCAUAUAUCACAUGAUUAUCGUGAUCAGCAUAUACAACACACUGCUUGGGAAGAAAUUGUGAAAGAGUUACAAAUAUCAGGUAAAUUCAAAUAUAACUCAUUAAAUUAAAUUACCAUGUGUAUUGUCACUUGUUAAAAAUUAUAAAUAUUAUGAUAGAAAACUCGAAUAUAAAAUUGUAUAAUGCAAGUGCGCUGCCGUUGUAUAUUAUAUAGGCAUAUUGGUAGUGAAAUCUAUAAAUAACUUAUCGGACCUUAAUAUACCAGCGUUUUAUGUGAAAAAUACAAAAAUAAUGUCGUGUAUAAUAUUAUAAUAAUACAUGCAGAGCAGUAGUAUAAUAGUGCACUAAGCUAUAUUAUUCACUGUUACUACACUAUAUAUUAUUUAAUAUUAUUUUUACACAACCAUAUUUUCGACUAACCAUAAACAAAAAUAAACAUAUUAAAAUAACAUAUUCUUUAUUAAUAUAAUUCGACAAAAUUGUAUUAUACAGACAUCGAAAAUAAAGAUUUUAAACUAUUAAAAACGUUAGUUUUUAUUUAUUAAUUAUGAAUGAAUUCUCCCUUUUCGAAAACUUUCAACUUGCCAAAUUACACUACCAGUAUCAGAAUUAAAAUAAUCUCUAAAUUUUUCUGGAACUUAAAAUGCUUCACAAGUGUUAUUUCUUCUUAGUGAAUCUUAAUGCAGUAAAGCUACUUCUGGCAGUUGAACUAACUCUAUAUUGGGUUCAAACGCAUUGUUUGCAAUGUUACAUGUUAUGCAAACAGCAUGACGCAAGCACAAUUUUGUCCAUAAAUUCUGGUUGUACUUCUAAGGGCCCACAGAAACACCUUCAACUAGCAGCUAAGAUUCCAAAGGCGUUCUCCACAACACGUCUAGCUCGUGAUAACCUAUAA